AAUUCUAAAGUCACAAAUAUAGAUCAGCACAGGCUGUUCUAAUACAGUUUUCGCACAUGAUGAACUAUAAUUGUACCAUGAAAUUGUGAGCCAGGAGGCUGUAGGAUUUUUUUCUAUGAUAUCAAACAAACACUUUAAAGAGAAUUCAUCAAUCAGUAUCAAAAGAGUUGGUGGGGCUUUAUGAACAAUCAUAACUUUGACCUUUGUCUUCACUCAUUGCAGCACUGCUAAUGUAAACAAAAAUGGGAGACUGGAACUUCCUCGGAGGGAUCUUGGAGGAGGUGCAUAUCCACUCCACCAUGGUCGGCAAGAUCUGGCUGACCAUCCUCUUCAUCUUCCGGAUGCUGGUGCUUGGCGUCGCCGCGGAGGACGUGUGGAACGACGAGCAGUCCGACUUCAUCUGCAACACUGACCAGCCGGGCUGCAGAAAUGUCUGCUACGACCAAGCCUUCCCCAUCUCCCUCAUCAGGUACUGGGUGCUGCAGGUGAUCUUUGUGUCCUCGCCCUCCCUGGUGUACAUGGGUCACGCCAUCUACCAGCUGCGGGCCCUGGAGAAGGAGCGCCACUGCAAGAAGGUGGCUCUGCGUCGGGAACUGGAGGUGGUGGAUGUGGAGCUGGCGGAGGUGAGGAGGAGGAUUGAGAAGGAGAUGAGGCAGCUGGAGCAGGGCAAGCUCAACAAGGCGCCAUUGAGAGGCUCCCUGUUGUGUACAUAUGUCGCCCACAUUGUCACUCGCUCCCUGGUGGAGGUCAGCUUCAUGAUGGGUCAGUUCAUCCUCUACGGACACCACCUGACCCCCCUCUACAAGUGCGAAAGGGAGCCGUGCCCAAACGUGGUGGACUGCUUUGUCUCCAGGCCAACAGAGAAAACUGUUUUCAUGAUGUUCAUGCAAGGGAUCGCCUGCAUCUCCCUCUUUCUCAGCCUGCUUGAGAUCAUGCACCUGGGCUACAAGAAGCUCAAGAAGGGCAUCCUGGACUUCUAUCCACACCUGAAGGACGACCUAGACGACUAUUACGUCAACAAGUCGAAGAAGAACUCGGUUGUGCAUCAGGUCUGCACGGGCACUUCAGUGGGUCGCAAAACCACAAUCCCCACAGCACCAAGUGGAUACAUGUUACUGUUGGAGAAGCAGGGCAAUGGGCCUAACUACCCUCUGCUCAAUGCCGCCUCUGCCUUCAUGCCAAUACAAGGAGACACUGGUGCAAGACCAGACACCCACAAGGACAGCAAGGACGGAGUGCCGAGCCCCACGGAGCAGAACAGCAACUCCAACAACACCAGCAGCGAGACACGUUCACCUCCUGCUGACAAGCAGGAUGAACCAGAGGAACAAUCUCCUCCACAUCACGAGGACCUGGAGCGUCAGAGCUCCGAGUAUCCCACCCUGCCUGUGGCGGACACCUCCUCCUGCACUACUCUGUCAGGGAUCGCGAGGAAGUCGCGGAGGGUCAGUCCCCCGUGGAACUGCUCCACGGUGGUGGAGGGGAACGGCUCGGACAGCGGGGACUCCUACCACGGGACCGGCAGCAGCAGCAUGAAGCUGCGCGGCAGCUGCGUAGGGCCCAGAGCGAGGAUGCUCUCCAAGUCAGACAUCAAGAGGCCGAGCAGGUCCCAGAGUCCGGACUCUGCGGGGGAGCUGAGCUCCGUGUCUCGACACAGCCGCGAGAGCAACAGCCCCACCGCCUCCUCUCCGAACCGCAGAGUGUCAGCGACGAGCAGCGGGAGCAGCAGCAGACGAGCGCCAACUGAUCUGCAGAUAUAAACACUUGGCUCAUAGAUGGUGUAUAAAGAUGAAGCCAAAUAAUCUCCAUCGCCCCCUGAUGGCUGGCUGCAUUAUAGUACUUCCAUGUUAAGCUGCUUUCAGACAUGCACUGAAGUCUGCACAUUUUCCUGAACUUUUCCGUAAGGGGCCGUAUGAAAACGCAAAUGUUGCAACGGAUAUUUGCUGAAACUUUUCCUGCCAGCCCUUGUCAAAUUUCAGGGGAAAGAUUCACAGCGAGCGAGUGGGCGUGUUGAUGACUGUAAACAAAAACACUGCUUUCCACAGCGGAAUUACCUUGAUGUCCUGCUUCGUGCAUGCUCUACCCAGAUGCCGCGGAAUGUUUCGGAAAUGUUCCUGCUGGUGUGAACGGCAAACUCCGGAAAGUGUCUGGAUGCUCUUUUGCUGAUAUUUUUCCGGAGUUCAUGACCAAAAAAAGCGGCUUUAGUGGAUGGGACAUGGACCAAAUUAAAAGGCGAAAGUAAACGUUAAAUAAUACUUUAUAAAAACGUGCUGAAACAUGAUUGACAGCUGAGAAUAACUCAGGAUUGGUUGAGGGGGGCCUUGACACAGCGGCCUCACGCCAUGCUCACUACUGCUCAGACUCUGGCUCCACAUGAAGUCAAAAGCGCAAGAUGGCGGCACCCGUAUCUGGGAUAUUUUGGGCUUCAUUAAUGCGCCGUCCAUCUUUAUAUACAGUCUGUGCUUUGUAUGCACAGCUACUUGCUGUUACUUCCAACAGAAACUCACUAAGUCAUGUUUGGGUGUAAGAUGGGAGUGUACCACUGAAACCAAAGAGCAGCCGUUUCAUAUUUAAAAAGAACUUUGGGGCAGAACAACAACCUGCAAUCUAACAUCUAUUCUUACUUUUUAAGGAUGGUCAGACCAAAAUGCACAUUUUGUUUUCUCUUCACAUUUCGCGGUCGGUUACAGAACUUUUAAUGAUCUGUCACAGCUGUGGGAAUGGAAAACCGAACCACUAAUCUAUAAAGUUGUUUCAGGCCGCAACAUGCUGUUAUGCAACCGGAUACUUUUAAAUCAGUGACACUGAAUUAAUCCAACUCAUGUUCCAACAUGUUUGAGGGCGGGUGCCAGCAAAAACAUUACACAAUUAAAAAAACAAAAACCAUGUUCUCGAGCUGUUUGGAAAAUAUCUUUGUUGUAUUAUAACAUGAACCAAAUUGGCUUCUUUAAUCUGCUGUUGUCUAUCAGACCACAAAUUCUUGUCCGACAGCGGCCUCUGAAUUAUUGCUUUUGUACGAAACUAUUUUUUUUACUCGAUAUAAAAUAAAAUGUAAAGAAUAUAUAAAUAUAUUUUAAAGACCAAUCUAUUAAAACUAUUUAUUAAUAAAUUUUUUAUUAUAAUUUAUGAUCAUGUAUGUAUUUCAGAUGAGUGUGAGCAGUGAACAGGACACUUUGAAA